GUAAAAUGGCAGCUGUGGCGCCAGGAGGUCGAACAUCUAGCCCUGCUUUCUUCCGUGGAUUCCUGAAUUCCCAAGCCCAUCCUGCCGACUUCUCUUCACGUCUCUCUUGAUUAAUGUCUGCGUGCACUAGGGAGGACUUAACUGGACUCUCUCGCCCAUGUCUAAAUGGAAUCUUCGUCUAUUGCCAACCGAGUGAGCAAAAAUGACGAAGAUCAAGUCAAUAAAGACGUUCCCGCCCGCAAUGACGUCAAUAAUAGCCAAAAGAAAUCACGGCGGAAGGUCUGGAAGUCCAUGUUCUGCUGCUUUGGUCGAAUCUACCAUUCCAAGAACAGUGAGAGUCAUCCAGAAGAAAAUGGCCAAUACUCACCACAUCUUCCUCAACCCAUUGCUUAUCGAUAUCUGCUUCCAUCCAUCAAAGCUCAGGAGACGAAGAAGAAAUGCAUGAUCAUUGAUCUUGAUGAGACAUUGGUUCAUAGUUCUUUCAAACCCAUCAGCAAUGCUGACUUCAUUGUACCAGUUGAAAUAGAUGGAACAGUACAUCAGGUGUAUGUUUUGAAGCGGCCUUAUGUGGAUGAAUUCCUUGAGAAAAUGGGGCAUAUGUUUGAAUGCGUGCUCUUCACUGCAAGUUUAGCCAAAUAUGCAGAUCCAGUUGUUGACUUAUUGGAUAAGGCAGGAGUCUUCAAGGUACGAUUGUUUCGGGAGGCAUGUGUGUAUCACCAUGGCAACUAUGUGAAAGACCUCAGUCGCCUUGGUCGGGACCUGAAUCAAGUGGUGAUAGUCGAUAACUCUCCUGCCUCUUACAUUUUUCAUCCUGACAAUGCUGUGCCUGUUGUUUCCUGGUUUGAUGACAUGAGUGACACAGAACUUCGGGAUUUGAUCCCCUUCCUAGAAGCCUUGAGUGGUGCUGAAAGCGUGUAUAGCUAUCUGAAAAACCAUCGGCAUCCACAUAGUGGGAGGAGACAGCAGGAAGCUCUCAUAACUGCUCAAACUGUGCAUAAUGGACCUCCACCUGAUAGCAGUAACCCAAUUUCCUCUGUGACCAAUACAGGACUUGAUGGAGACGAUAACCCUGUUUUGCCUGUAUUGCCCGGGAAUGUUCAUACCCCGCUCCCUCCACCCAUCCCAGCAUAGCUUUGGGAGUGAGGACAGAUUGGUUUCAUUCACCUUCAAAUACUGUGAUGAUGUCAAAUCACUCCUCCUUCCUCUGUGUCUGCCUCUUAUUUUAUGUUCCUCUUUGUUGCUUGCCUUCUUUGCCAUCUCUCUUUGACCUUGUAUUUCUCCCAACUUUUUUGUAAAUACUCCUUGCAGAGCUGGCAGCUCUCAGUCACCUUCUAUCCUUCAUG